AUGGAAGGUUUGCGUGGUGGUCUGAGCCUCCUGUUCAGCCUCAACAAGGCAGAGGUGGAGGAUGAUAAUUUUGAGCUUCAAGAAGAGGAUAUGUGGUGUAACUAUAAACCAAAAGAGGAGCAAGAUUCAGGCUCAAAAUCCAACCCAAAAAAGAAUCUGAACUACCCUUUUGAUUUGGCUUUAGCAACUACGCUUUCAUGGAGCAUUCCUAUAGUCCCAAAAAUCAUCCUGAGGGCAAAGAGCGGUGGUAGCGGUGGCCGCCAGGAGCCGACACCUAGCAAGGUAGCGGCAUCCCGCACUUCAACCCCUAUUCCUAUUCCAAAUUGGUCUAAGAUUUAUCCAUUAAAUCCCAACAAGGAAUUGUGGGAAGCUACAUAUGAUUUAGAGAAAGCUCUUGUUGCCAGCAAAAAACAAGUUGGAUUUAUUGAUUUUGUUGAACCUGAUGAUGAUGGUGGUGAAUUUAUCCCACCCCAUAUAAUUUUGGCGAGGAGGGAAGCCCUGGCUCAGUGUAUUUCGCACUCCAUGAUUGAAGGGGUUGGAAGGACUCUCAAGGGAAGAGAUCUCACUGAUAGGAGGAAUUCCAUUUUGAAAUUAACUGGCUUUAUUGAAAAUUAA